CAAACCCCCUCCCGUCGCAUUGCUUUGGCGCGUUUUCUGGUCGGCGGGAGCGGAGGGCCAGUUUCUGAGGGAAGUUGUCCCUGAGGAUAGAGUGCUUUGGGUUGCAAGAUGAUAGAUCCAAUAGAUUGCAAUUUGUUUGAUCUUCCUGAUUAUGAACAAAUCCAGGAUGAGACGUUUCUACCUCUACCACCUCCAGACUCUCCAGGAGGAGAUCUUGAAGGCAACUUAGUGAAUGGAGAACCAGACGAAAACAAAUUGUCACAAGCCAAGGAUUCUUCUGUGACUACAAGGCGAUCUGUUAGACGGCAAUUGGCUAAACUAGAUGCUAACAGGUUAGUUUCAGAGCGAGGACUUCCAGCUUUGCGGAAUAUGUUUGAUAAUGUAAAAUUCAAAGGUAAAGGUUAUGAGGAAGCAGACCUGAAGGCACUUGUGAGGCAUAUGGAGCACUGGGCUCACAGGCUAUUCCCUAAACUUCCUUUUGAAGAUUUUGUUGACAAAGUAGAGAGUUUAGGAAAUAAACAACCAGUCCAGGCAUGCUUGAAGCGAAUUAGACUUGACCUGCCCAUAUUGCAUGAAGACUUCACAAGUAAUGAAGGUGAGGAUGGGGGAAGCAAUGAACCUAAUCCAGCCACUGAAGAAUUAGAUUUAUUUUCUGAAAUCCAAAAUGCAAGAGAAGACUUUGGUUUGCCCCAAAAUAGCACACUGACAGAGGAGCAGCUGCAGAGAAUUGAAAGGAACAGACAAAUAGCCAUGGAAAGAAGACAAGCAAAAACACAGUUCAACAGUCAGUCACAAGAAGAGCUGCAUGUGACCCAGGCAGAUGAAGAAUGUAACAUCAUUGUGGCUCAGGAACAAGAUGACCUGUCUGUUGUGGAAGGAGGAAAUAUACCUUUUCAGACUAUUGAGAAGGAAAUUGGAAGUAUAGAAGAUAAAUGACCUUUAACUUUUGUAUCAAGUGACCAAGGACCCACAUCUUGAACUAUACGUCACAUAUUCCUGUUAUUUCUUCCUGUUGAAAGUGGUUUUUUUAAUGGAUUUCCCCCCCACUUGAACAACUGAUCAUUCUUCCCAGUUCCACUGGUCUCACUUACAUGUAAAGAUGAGCCAAACCAUGGCUAGGCAUGAAUGAGCAAGUCUGCUGGUACAGGGUGGAAAUUGUGGCUGCUUGACUCCUCCCCUGUAGUGCUAUCCAUGGUUUGUCUUAAUGUUCUGUGCAAACCUAGACUUGUGGUAUGUUGUCUCCAAUCAAACCAUGAGCAGUAAGCUAAGAACAAGAUUUAGUUAACAGCUUGUGGCUUGUUUCUAGUGAGACAUACAAGUCUAGGCUCAAAUGAGUUAGUGCUGUAGCAGGACUUAGGGAGGAGUAAAGUGGCUGUGAUUUUCACUCUGUACCACUAUGCUUGCUUGCUCAUGCUAAGCUAUAGUUUGGCUUCAUGUUGCAGGCUAACUUGGCCUUUCAGUGAGAGUUCUGUAAUUCAGAUUUUUUUUCCUUUAUCCAUCACUUUGGAAAUGGUGUUUCUCAGUUUAAAGUGAGACAAGUUGAAGCUUGAAUUAAAAGUAAUGGCUGCUAAUCCUUCAAUGAGAAAGCACCAUUCUCACAGUAGAUGUUAUUAAAUGUUACAUAUAGAAAGCAGACCAAAGCAAUGAUAGUUCUGCCAUUAAAAUCUUUUAUAACUUUCACAUUGUGAAA